GUAUAAAAUGUAAACUCCGCAAUAUUCUUGGGCUCAGUUUCAUUCUGAAUUUCAGUUUUAAUCGUGGCAUUUUUCAAGAAACACAAAUUCAUCAUGUCUCUCGUAAAAUUAUUGUUCCUCUCAUCGAUCGUUUUGGCGUCCUCUACUCACAUUCCUCAACCAUAUCGCCAGGUGUCCAAAUCAUCCCUUUCCUCCAUUCCAACAUGGACCACGCAAAUCCCCACUUUCCCCUACAUUCUCGACCAAAUUUAUCAAAAAUACGAGUCCGUCCUAGACCUCACAAGUAUGAAAUCCCUCUCGAAAGAUGUCCGUCGUACAGUUGCCUCCCAUCUCCUCGGUCCCGUGGGAAUGACCCAAUUAACCAUUCACCUCCACGAGCGACUUAUCUCCCCCGGAAUAAUGCGGACAGAUAUUUAUUCCUUCCUAAAAAAUGAAGAAGAUCUCACCGCUUUCAAGUCCCAAAUCGAAGACAUAAUCUCAUCCCUCAAACAAUUCCAAGCUUUUCCACCAGAUAAUGAUUCAGAAACUGCAUCCUCCGCCGAGCUACAAACCCUCCUCGACAUUUAUACCAGGAAAGGGUCAAUUUUCCAAAAAUACCCGUUGGAAUCCGUCUCAAUCUUUAAUCCACUCAGUCAUUUUAUGGUAGCAGCGUCCAAUUUGGAACAGGAUCGAUUCGCUCAUAAAAAAUUACUCUGUGGUGUUCGCGCAGCGUGGGAUACGUAUGAAAAACUCGGGGUGAAAGAUAGACUUCGAAGAGUACAAGUAUUCGGCUGGGACCGUCAUUUCAUUAGUGGACAUCACGAUCUCAAUAUUGAUCACGAACUUCCCAGCCAUGCCCACCAGGCCGGACUCAACUGCACAAUAGCUUCAUGUCCUCAAAACAUCCAGUAUAGAAACACAUCUGGCGACAUAUUCCUAGUAGAAAGUCCAAAGUACACCGAGCAAGGGUACGGAAAGAGGAGAAGGAGUGACACACUCGUCGAAAUAUUCCAUGCCAGGGAAAAUUGCAGUUUCAAGGAAAGUGAACACUUUACAAAUUAUCUAGAUCAAACAAAACCCUCCCAUCAAGGCUUCCUCUGCAUUUUGGAUGGCACAGAAAAAUACGUGACUCAUGAAAAAGAUGGGGAUUACAAAUAUUCACAAAUUUUAAAGACCUACAUGCAAACCCUGAGACACGGGGUGGAGAAGGAUUUUAGAAAAAUGGUAAAUUCUUUGCAUCCUAUAAAAUCUCAUUUGGCCGAUUGUCACCUAUCUCCUGCUGGAAGUGUGGAGGUCACCGUGGUCCGCGCAGAGCUUACGUUGGACAAGGGGGCAUAUGAUAAGAAAAGUGGUAUUUAUGAUGAAGAAUCACACGUCCUUCCGGAUCCUUACGUGAAGAUUUUCGUGGAUGAGGUCGAGGUUGGGAGGACGAGUGUGAAGAAUAAUACACUCACCCCGUUGUGGAUGGAGACAUUUAGAGUUGAUAAGGUUUACUCUUGGAGUGAUGUCAGGGUCGAGGUUUUUGAUCAAGAUUUGGGAGAAGGGGAUAAAGAUGAUUCUUUGGGUGGGGUAGAUUUAGAAUUAGUUAAUGUCGUGGCUGGAUUAAGGGAUGACUUUUUCAGCAAUAAGGCAGACAUUGGGUUUGGUACGAUUACUGUGGGGGUUUUGUAUAGGCCGAUAAGGAUUUAAUUGUGUCAAAUGUGUUCAAGGUUAUUUUUUGUUAUAUUUUAUUAUUUAUUUAAUAUAAAAGGAAUAAAAGGCUUAUAAAUAUUAUUUAAAUA